GAAAAGCAGGAAGCAAAAAGCUGCACAGACGUGUUGCCUCUCAGAUGGAUAUUUAGUGGACAAAUGUCUUCAUUUGAUCACUUGAAGGAGUUUUUCAGAGAACAUUUGGCGGAGAAUCACCGAUCGAUCGAUCGGUUUGAUGAAGAGCCCAUUGAUCUUCGACCCGGACUGUCGGAGAUCAGCUGGAGCCCGGACCUCCUCAGAUCAUCUGCAGUCUUGUAGUUUGGACCAACCACCGGAGCCCCCUGAGCCUCCUGCACGUUCUCACUUCCUGGAGUCCAAGCCUGCAAGAUGAAAACAUGUCAAACCGUCCUGCAUUAAUCUGUACAGACGUUCCACAGCAUUGUGUCUUCAAAAAGGAGGAGGUUCUAACAGAGGAGGAACCAGAACCUUCACAGAUGAAACAGGAACCAGAACAUGUGAACGUUACAGAGGAGGAGGAGGGUUCCCUCAGGCAGGAUGAAGAGCAGCCUGGUACCGACUUCUUUCUGAACAUCAUCUGCAAAGAUGAGGAUUUCCUGGCAGAUCAGCGGUUCUGUAAACAGGAGAGCACCUCCAGUUUGGACCAGGAGGAACCAGAACCUCCACAAAUUAAAGAGGAACAGGAGGAUCUCUGCAUCAGUAAGGGUGAAGAGCAGCUUGAAUCGAAGCAGAAGACCAGAACCUUCACGGGGACUCUUACUGAUGAGGAACGUGACCACGGGGAACCAGAACCGACCCAGAAAGCAGAGAAAAAUCUCAGCAGAGAUGCAGAAAACUCUCCCUCCUCAGAGAGUCCGAGGAACACCAACACGGGUCAGAAAGCUUUACAGUGUGAGUUCUGUGAGAAGGUGUACAAGUCGAGGUCCAAACUCAAAGCUCAUUACAGAGUUCACACCGGUGAGAGGCCGUACGUUUGUAAAACAUGCGGGAAAAGCUUUUCCAGCUCUUCUUCCUUACAUAAUCACGUGAACAUCCACUCAGACGAGAGGCCUCACUCCUGUGAACAAUGUGGGAGGAGCUUCAGAGUUCACGAGAAACUUCUGAUCCACAUUAGAACCCACACAGGAGAGAGACCGUACUCCUGUAAAACCUGCGGCAAGCGGUUCUCCCAGAAUGGCAAUCUGACCGUCCACAUGAGGAUACACACGGGCGAGAAACGGUACCCAUGUGACAAGUGUGAGAAACGGUUCAGUAACAGCGGCGACUUGUCACGCCACGUGUCCACCCACACUGGUAAGCGGCCAUAUUCCUGUCCAACCUGCGAGAGAAGCUUCACGCAGAACGGCAGCCUGACGGCUCACAUGAGGACGCACACCGGCGAGCGGCCAUUUCUCUGCGAGACCUGCGGGAAAUGUUUCCGGCAAAACCGAGAUUUGUUAGUUCACAAGACGACUCGGCACAUCUAAGAAGGAAAAUUAUCAUUGGUAAUCCACAGAGAUUAAGAUUAGGAGCGUUCAGGUGCACCUUAGACAUCCCCUGAUGUUCAGACACAACAGUUCUGUUCUGAUCAUUGACCGUCUGAAGAUGUCUUCAGCUUCGGUAUGGUUGUAAAAAUGUGGUCGCAGCUACAAGUUUAAACUAAAUUUACCUGUUCAAGAAGACUGAAUUGUUCUUAUUUAGCACAGAAACAUUGACGGAUUAAUUGGUGAGGCUUUUAGUCCAGGUUGGCUUUUAAAAUAUUUUUAACAAGGAUUUUUUUCCUUUAAGCUCAUCUUUAACGAGUCUGAAACACAUCUCGCUUUAACACAUUAAAGACAAACAAACGUAAAAUUCAGCAUAUGAUAAAUCCAAGAAGUUAAAACUGAUUAUUGUGUAAUGUUUAAAAUAACUGUUCAAAAAGUAGGCUGUUUUAAAUUGUUGGAUAUUUUCAAAAAAAUUGACUUGGAAUUUAGUGGAGUCGGUAAAAAAAAAAAGUAAAACAAAAUCUGCCUAUUUUUUUCUCACAUAGAUGAGUAAAGUACAACGGAACUUUAGGGCCACACAAAAAAAAAAAAAAAAAACAUUGCCAC